UCCAGCCAAUAAAUCUAUCGAGGAUUCGAUUUUCGACUUCUUCUUUCUUCUUCACAGCGAAGAAAAUGCGCUUCUUCCACUGCCUCCUCCUCCUCCUCCUCCUCCUCCGGCCCUCCUCUGCCGAGGACGCAAGCUCUAUCCACGCUGAGGAGCACCGCGCCCUCCUGUCCAUCAAGUCAGCCCUCUCAGACUCCGCCUCCGCCUCCGCCGCUGCCGCCAUAGCCGCCUGGGACGCCGCCUCCGACCACUGCUCCUGGACCGGAGUUACCUGCGACAGCAACGGAAGCACUGUCCUCUCGCUCGACCUCUCCGGCCGCAACCUCUCUGGCUUUCUCCCCCCGGCCGUCGCCCGCCUCCGCUCCCUCAGCCGCCUCUCCGUCGCCGCUAACUCACUCUCCGGCCCCAUCCCUCCUGACCUCUCCCUUCUCCUCGCCCUCCGCCACCUCAACCUCUCCAACAACAUCUUCAAUGGCUCCUUCCCACCCGCACUCUCCCGCCUCACCGACCUCCGCGUCCUCGACGUCUACAACAACAACCUCACCGGCCCACUCCCCCUCGCGGUGGAGGCCAUGCCCUUUCUCCGCCAUCUCCACUUCGGCGGUAACUUCUUCUCCGGCGCCAUUCCCCCGGAGUACGGCCGCUGGCGUUUCCUUGAGUACCUCGCUCUCUCCGGCAACGAGCUAACUGGCCCCAUCCCCCCGGAGAUCGGUAACCUCACCUCGCUGCGCGAGCUCUACAUAGGUUACUACAAUAGCUACGACGGCAGCCUCCCGCCGGAGAUUGGCAACCUCUCUUCGUUAACCCGCCUCGACGCAGCCAACUGCGGCCUCUCUAGCCGCAUCCCGCCCGAAAUGGGAAACCUUCACAACCUCGACACCCUCUUCCUUCAGGUGAAUGGGCUUUCCGGCGAGAUCCCGUCGGAGCUCGGUCGACUCCAAAGCCUCAAGUCGGUCGACCUCUCCAACAAUGCGUUCACGGGGGAGAUCCCUCCGAGUUUCGCCAAGCUCAGCAACCUCACCCUGCUCAACCUCUUCCGCAACAAGCUCUUCGGUGCCAUCCCGGAGUUCGUCGGCGACCUCCCCCGGCUCGAGGUGCUCCAGGUUUGGGAAAACAACUUCACCGGGAGCAUCCCCCGGCGGCUCGGCACCAACGGACACCUGCAACUCCUCGACGUUUCGUCGAACAAGAUCACUGGCUCCCUGCCCCCGGAUCUCUGCGCCGGCGGCAAACUUGAGACCUUGAUCGCUCUCGGCAACUUCCUCUUCGGCUCGAUUCCGGACUCGCUCGGCCGCUGCGAAUCCUUGAGACGCAUCAGAAUGGGGGAGAACUACCUCAACGGAAGCAUUCCACAAGGCCUAUUUAACUUGCCGAAUCUGUCUCAGGUUGAGUUCCAGGACAACCUCCUCACCGGCGGCUUCCCCGACACUGGCAACUCUACCAUCUCUCCUAAUCUCGGACAAAUUUGCCUCUCCAACAACCGUCUUACCGAUCCUCUGCCGCCGUCCAUUGGGAGCUUUUCCGGCCUCCAAAAGCUGCUGCUGAACCAGAACGCUUUCACCGGCAGCAUCCCUCCAGAGGUCGGGAGGCUGCAGCAGCUCUCCAAGAUGGACUUCAGCGGGAACCAGUUCUCCGGCAGGAUCGCGCCGGAGAUUAGCAAAUGCAAACUUCUGACUUUUGUGGACCUCAGUAGAAACAAUCUCUCCAGCGAGGUUCCGGCGGAGUUAGCGGCGAUGCGGAUCUUGAACUACCUCAACCUGUCGAGGAACCAUCUGGAGGGCCAAAUCCCAGCGGCCAUCUCGACAAUGCAGAGCCUGACGGCAGUGGACUUCUCCUACAACAACCUCUCCGGCGUCGUCCCCAGCACUGGCCAGUUCAGCUACUUCAAUGCCACUUCCUUCCUCGGCAACCCCGACCUCUGCGGCCCUUACCUCGGCCCAUGCAAGCCAGGGUUCGCCGGCGAGUCUCCCUCUGCUCGCGCCAAGGGCGUUCUUUCAGCCUCUUUCAAGCUCUUGCUCGUCAUUGGCCUUCUUCUCUGUUCCAUUGCCUUCGCCAUUGCGGCCGUGGUCAAGGCCCGGUCUUUGAAGAAGGCCAACGACGCCCGGGCGUGGAAGCUCACCGCAUUCCAGCGGCUUGACUUCACCUGCGACGACGUGUUGAACUGCUUGAAGGAGGAGAACAUCAUAGGCAAAGGCGGGGCCGGAAUUGUCUACAAGGGCGCCAUGCCCAACAGCGAACAGGUGGCCGUCAAGCGGCUUCCGGUGAUGCGGCUCGGCUCGUCGCACGACCACGGCUUCAACGCCGAGAUCCAAACGCUAGGGAGGAUUCGCCACCGGCACAUUGUGAGAUUGUUGGGUUGCUGCUCCAACCACGAGACCAAUCUGUUGGUGUACGAGUACAUGCCUAAUGGGAGCCUCGGGGAGGUCCUCCACGGCAAGAAGGGUGGCCAUUUGCAUUGGGACACAAGGUACAAGAUCGCCGUCGAGGCGGCAAAGGGCCUAUGCUAUCUCCACCAUGAUUGCUCCCCGUUGAUCCUCCAUCGAGACGUCAAGUCGAACAACAUCCUCCUGGAUUCCAACUUCGAAGCUCACGUCGCUGACUUCGGACUCGCCAAGUUCUUGCAGGAUUCCGGCACUUCCGAGUGCAUGUCUGCCAUUGCUGGUUCUUAUGGUUACAUUGCUCCAGAGUAUGCCUACACUCUGAAGGUGGACGAGAAGAGUGACGUUUACAGCUUCGGUGUGGUUCUCCUGGAACUGGUAACCGGAAGGAAGCCCGUGGGUGAAUUCGGCGAUGGAGUGGACAUCGUCCAAUGGGUUAGGAAAAUGACGGGCUCCGACAAGGAGGAGGUGACCAGAAUCCUAGACCCGAGGCUUCCGACCGUCCCCCCCAUCCACGAGGCAAUGCACGUGUUCUACGUUGCAAUUCUCUGUGUGGAGGAGCGAAGCGUCGAGCGGCCGACGAUGAGGGAAGUCGUUCAGAUCCUCACCGAGCUGCCAAAGCCAACACAAAAGCACGGAGAAGAAGAAGAGGACAACUCCGCCGGAAAUGCAAAUGGACCGGCACCCUGCUCGGAGUCAACUUCCAAGGAAACUCAACAAGAAGGAGGUUCAACCACAUUGCCAUCCGAUCUUCUCAGCAUUUAAUGCCGUGCUAUUAACUAAGAGUUUCGUGUUUGAAAUUGAAAUUGUUACUCCGCUGCCAUUAUUACUUCACAAUCACGGCUCCCCUCCCUGUUUAGUGUGACGUUGCCAGUGUAAGGUUUCGAUUUCAGUAACUAGUAGCAGAUUUGGGUAAACUAAGAGCCCUGUUCCUAUUGCC